GUCCGCCCGUCCUGCCCUCCCGCCGGCCACCGUCCCCUCUGGCGCGCUCCUGCAGAACAGCAUGUUUGCAGACAGGCGACGGCUGCUGUUGCUGAGUAGCUGUAGCUGUAGCUGAGCAUCUGUGCCUUUAAAGACUCGUUAGUGCGCCUCAGCCCCGCAGUCAAGUUCCCACAACUACGACGCGCUGUGCAUGAGAGUAGAGUAGAGCGACCUACCACCGGAGAGGCACUGGCUCACCUUCACGGCCAGACCCAUGGAAUAAUAACGAUGGAAUACCUCUGGAUACUGCUGUCUGUCUUUUUACAGUUCACCUUCCAUCCAGGCGACGCCAAGCCCGCCAUCACCACCGCUGAGCACGGCCGCCUCGUCAUCGACCUCAACAGGCCGUUCGAGCUGCAUUGCCAGGGUGAGAAGGAGAUGCAGUGGCAGCGGGAGGACCGACCCAAUGUGAAGCUGCGGGGAGAGAAGAAGGUGGACGGGAUGUCCACGCUGCACGUCACCAGGGCUCUGCCCGGUCACAUGGGCCGCUACAUCUGCCUGGAGAAGAGCUCUGGGGAGCGGGCCUCCGUCUACAUCUAUGUCAGAGAUCCUGAUAAUCCCUUCAGAAAAUCAAUGGUGUUCAACAUUCUCACUCGUGUGGGAGACACUGCUUCCAUCCCCUGCCUGGCAACCGAUCCGAGUCUGGGCAACCUGCGCCUGGAAACGUGCUCCAGCACAGCUCUGGCCUCCGGUCUCACCUACUCUGCCAGCCUGGAGCAAGGCAUCACCAUCCACAACACGCAGAAGGCCUACGAGGGUUGCUACGUGUGCACGGGAACUCUCAAGGGAAGGCACAUCAGAUCCCACGACUACCACCUGACAGUGCGACCAGUCCCCAUCGCUCCUCCUGUGAUUGAGAUGCAGGCCCCCAAAAGAGUGGUCCUGACCCGGAACGAGAGUCUGUCCCUCACCUGCAACACCACCAACGUCAACGGGGACAUCAAGCUGCAGUGGGUCACCCCACCUGGCUCGGGUGCCGUCUGGUAUCCACAGCAACCAGCAAAGAUUGACGGUGCUUCACGCAUCCUGACGGAGAACUUCACUCACAUGCGCAGCUCCACGUUGCACGUUGCGGCGGUCGGGCCCCAAGACGUCGGGACGUACCGAUGUGAAGCCGAGAACGAGAGAGGGGUCAGCACGCAGUCGGUGCGGCUGGAUGUUUACGACAAAGGGUUCAUCAACUUAACGCCCACAAACAACAGAACCAUCCAGGUGCGCUCGGGCGAGAGCUUGACCCUGAGCGCUGACAUGGAGGCCUAUCCCAAACCACACACCUUCGCCUGGAGCUUCAUGGGCCACGAUCUGAAGAACACAACCGACCACGUCAUCACCACACACAGCCACGAAUACAGGUACAACAGCGAGCUGAGGCUGGUGCGGCUGAAAAUGUCAGAGGGAGGAGUUUACACCUUUCGAGCCUCCAACGGCGACGCAUCAGUGAAUCAGACGUUCACCAUCUUUGUGACCAGUAAACCCGAGAUCAUAUCUCACGAGGGCCCGGUGGACGGACAGGUACGCUGUGUGGCUGAGGGGUUUCCCGCCCCCCAGAUCACCUGGUAUUACUGUGAGCAGCCAUACAUCAGGUGCUCCCAACAGGUGAACGCCACCCAGGAGGAGCACAACGUUAUCACCGUCACGCUCUUCAGCCCCAUGUUUGGCAAGACGGAGGUGGAGAGCCGGGUGAACGUCAGCAGGGGACGGUUCAACACUCUGGAAUGUGUGGCCACUGUGGAGGGAGAGCAGGCCUACACGCUCUUCUCCAUCAGCGAGAGAAUUGUUCCCCACGAUCUGUUCACCCCCCUGCUAAUUGGCUCGGUGUCCGCCGCAGGCAUCCUCUGCCUCGUCCUCAUCAUGCUGUUCUACAAGUACAUGCAGAAACCCAAGUACCAGAUUCAGUGGAAAGUCAUCGAGGGUAUCCAUGGAAACAACUAUGUGUACAUUGACCCCACCCAGCUGCCGUACGAUCAUCAGUGGGAGUUCCCGCGAAACAACUUGCGUUUCGGGAAGACGCUGGGAUCUGGUGCGUUUGGGAAAGUGGUGGAAGCCACUGCGUACGGUCUCUCCAAAGCAGACUCCGUCAUGACGGUGGCCGUGAAAAUGCUCAAAUCGAGCGCUCAUGCCACGGAGAAAGAGGCGCUGAUGUCAGAGCUGAAAGUCCUCAGUUACUUGGGAAACCACAUGAACAUUGUGAACCUGCUGGGAGCCUGCACUGUUGGAGGUCCCACACUCGUGAUAACAGAGUACUGCUGCUUUGGAGACCUUCUGAAUUUUCUACGCAGAAAGAGAGAAUCCUUCAUCUGCUUCAAGCCGGAGGAAGACUGCUACUACCGCAACAUCACGCCGCAGAGAGACACAGCUGGAGACAGCUUGAACGGCUACAUGACCAUGAGGCCUUCUGUUGCUGGCAACCCUCCCUUCGGCUCGUCCUCCGAGAAGAGACGCUCGCUGCACAAAGGCGGCUCCUACGUGGAAGCAGACGCAGAGAGCGAGAUGUUUGACGAGGACGGUCUGUCUCUCGACACCGAGGACCUUCUCAGCUUCUCAUACCAAGUGGCCAAAGGCAUGGAGUUCUUAGCCUCCAAAAAUUGUAUCCACAGAGACCUGGCAGCCAGAAACAUCCUCCUGACUCAAGGAAGAGUGGCGAAGAUCUGUGACUUCGGCCUGGCCCGGGACAUCACCACCGACUCCAACUAUGUAGUCAAAGGAAACGCUCGUCUGCCAGUGAAGUGGAUGUCUCCAGAAAGUAUCUUUGAGUGCGUGUACACGUUUGAAAGUGACGUGUGGUCCUACGGCAUCCUGCUUUGGGAAAUCUUCUCACUAGGAAACAGUCCUUACCCUGGGAUGCCAGUGGACGCCAAGUUCUACAAACUGAUAAAGGAAGGCUACAGAAUGGACGCUCCAGAGUUUGCACCCAGUGAAAUGUAUCAGAUUAUGAGGUCCUGCUGGGAUGCUGACCCCUUCAACAGACCCCCCUUCAGGAAGGUCGUGGAAAGGAUUGAACAGCAGCUGUCAGACGCCACUAAGCACAUUUAUCUGAACUUCAGCUUCAGGCUUCCUGUGACGCCCAGAGACAGGGAGGAGCCCAGUUCUCACCGUCUCACCUCAGCAGGCACCAACAGCGCUCUGACCCAGCCCUUACUGGUCCAGCACGAGGUCUUCCUGGAGGGGACAACCCUCACAGCGCAACGGGUGUAAGGACCCGACCCGACCUGUCUGGCAGCCUCAUGAAGUGCCUGUAAUGUUCCGCCACAAACCACCCAACCACUACACCCGCCCACCGCCCUGGUACCGGCAGCGCUUGUCGUCACGUGUCGCAGACGGAAUGAUAAUUGCCAUGAAUUAGAAGAAAGAAGACCAAAGGAAGAAAAGGCUUUUGUCGUUGCUGUCACUAUUAUUGCGUGCUGAUCAUAGGGAGGACAGUUGGACUAAUGCUCCCCUGCUCAGUGCCGGCGAGGGCGGAGGGACAUCAGCCGUUACUCUAACACUGUCAUUGAGUUCAUUAUUACACUGUUUUGUUAUUUUCAGUUGUUCUGUUACUUUUUUCCUACAUAUUUCAUAAAAGUUUUGUUUUUUGUUUUGUUUUGUUUUUGUUUGUUUUUUUUGAGCCGCUCCGUACACGACUGUUUCUUUCUUUCUAUUGGAGUAUUUUUUUUUUCUUUUUACAUUUUGUGUUUUGUUAUUCUUUGCUGUUUUUUCUGUCGUAGAGACGUACGUGCAGUUUUUAUUUUUGGUUGGCUGUUGCAAUUUGUUGGAGGAAAAAAGAAAAGAAGCACUUGAGGCACUUGAACUUCACAUCAUUCCAUACACUAUGUAAUGCAGCUUUUUUUGUUUUUCUUUUUAUUCCUUCGUUGUCAGUAUUAUUUCCAGCUGUUUCCAAAUGUUUAUAAGAAGGAUUUACUUUCCGGGGGCCAAUUUAAAAUGAGAUAUCGAGACACUGGUAUAUAAGCUAUUAGACAGCAUGGCGCGUCAUGCUUAGAGUCCGUAAGUGCUUCAAGUCUUUUAGGAGAUACAUUUGUCUUUUUAUGUUGGAUGUCACCAGUGUUGGGAAGGUUAUGUAAUAUAUGUAUUAUUAUAAUAUAAUGAGUAAUGUAAUGGUUUUAAAGACUUAAAGUGACGUAUUAUUUCUUUUUUUUAUUACUUUUCAGCACCAUUAACUUAGUGCCCUGUAGAAAUCUCAUGACCUAAUGACCUCCGAGUUAAUAUUUAAUGAAAACACAAUUGAGUAAAGUUAUCUAUUUGCCUGUCACCUGUCCGACCUGCAGACAAGUCUACAGAAGGUGUUGGUGCUCGGUCACAAGACGCAGAGCAACAGAAUCAAUUUAUAUUUCAGCUUUUGUGCUAAAACAGAAUAUAUUUGUAAUCCCUUUGAAAUCAUUCUGACAACAAACAUUUUGAUUAGUAAUUGAUCUCAUUUCCUCAGUAGCUGUAACAAAUUCCAGUGACGUUUAUUUUGUAAUUUAAUGAAGUUAUCCUGUAGGUGAGUAGUUCCUCCCCAGCACUGGGUGUCCCUGCAUGGAGAGCAAACACCUGUCUUUAUUAGAUCAGAUUAACACACACCGUGGAUCAGCCCAUGAUGACUCCACACACUGUUUCCUUCAGAGAUAAGAUAUAGACAUGGUACGCUAGCUUUUGCAUUUCUAUGCUUGUUGACUGUAAAUGUGUAAAUAUGUGAAGGUAAUGAUAAUAGUCAUUGCUUUAAUAUGAUGAGACGGGAAGAGUUUGAUGAGAGGAGACGCUCUGUGAAGCUCGUAACUCGAGGCAGGUGUAUAGUUUCACUUUUUGACAGCUGGACUGCUGGAGAGUUCUCUUGUAAAGGUGUAAAUAACUGUUCAGGUGUAUAUGGUUCCUCUCUUGCCACAUCCAGUGUGUUGUCUUUGUUUACAAGCACGAGACAGGUACUGCCAUUCCUGAGAUGUGCUUUCUUUGCUUCUCACUUUCUUCCCCUUUACGAGGGUCCAGGAAUCGGGACAACAGUCUGUUGUAUAGUGUACAUCACGGUUAAAGUGGCGCCCGUAUGAAAUGCCGUGAGGCGAGGUUGACGAGCCAGAGGAAAACGGAGGGUCUUGGCGGCUCUCUGCUCACUGGAUACGGAGCUCAGUCUCAGUGUGUUGGUCAUCUCAUUGUUCUCCGGCCAGUAGCUGGUUUCCCAGCAGUCCUUCUCUUCUUUGUUUCCAGCUGUUUCCUCCAUCAGAAGUGGGACUUUCAGCACCUCUCAGCCAGUAGUCUGUAUCAGUCCAGACCAUUAUGAUUCCCCUCUUCCCACUGGUGGAUGUUGUUGUGAAGAGCACCAGGAAAGUGUCCUGUUUGUGUGUGUGUGUGUGUGUGUGUGUGUGUGUGUGUGUGUGUGUGUGUGUGUGUGUGUGAGGAAUCGGAUGCACGUCUUCUUGUCUUUGUGUGCGUGACCGUGUGAUUGCUGAAUUAAAAGAUUUACUGUUAAGAGGUGCCACUACUAAAUAUUCACCGAGUUGUUUAGGCUUUUGAAACCUCACAGUCUUACCGCUCUGUCUUUUUGUAAAUAUAAAUAUGCGUAUACUGUAAAGUAAUGUUGAUGCUUUUUGAAGAUGUCUAUCUCAAUGAAGAUGUGGUACAUUCGUGCAGAAUUCUAUCGUGCUGUAUUUUCUCAUGUGUGCACAGAUUUCCAACUGUAGGAUCAACUGGAAAAGCUGCUUGUGUCUCUUUGUCACCAUGGAAACUUAAAACAGAAGAGAUUUGCUUUGGCUAAUGUUUUUAAUUUUUUUUUUUUUUUUUAUUGGCGAAAUCUCAUCAUUUCAACCAGUUCUGCAGCUUCACUUGGAAACUGCCACAGAAACACGGUCGUAUCUCAUCAUCAACACUCGCUGCAAUACCGGUAAACAAUGACGACUAGGAAGGAGACGCCUCGGAAUAAUAGAGAUCAUUUUUCAUCUCGUUGCUCCCGUCACACUUUUCCUGCAUUUUGCUACAAUAUUUAUUAAAGGCUUUAGUGUUACUGCUUAAAUCUGAUGUGUUACAUGUGUCAAUGUAAAUAAAACUGUGUAUAUUGAAUUCCCAA